UUGAAAUGGGUAAUUCUAAUGUUACACCAGCUGAACCGGUUGUUAAACCAAGAUUGAGUACGUAUAGUAAAGAUUGGAAUAAACAAUGUAAUAGGACAUCUGAAUCUCUUGCUGAAGCUGGUUUCUAUAUGGUUGGAAGAACAAAUAACAUGGACGCUACUGAAAAGAAGACAACUACGCCUAUUGCAAAGAGUGAAGAACUGACGUGU